AAUGAAGAAAUAGCGGCUUCUUGAUAGUCGUAAGCGAUUCCCACAGAUGAAAAGGAAGGUGAGCGGAGCUGAGUGUCUAGUAAAUACUGAACUCUUCAGCAGCAUAUGCCCACGUUUCGUGCAUCAAGAGGCUAAAUACAGGUUUCAAGAUGCAGUUCAUGCUGCUGUUCAGCCGGCAGGGGAAACUGCGGCUGCAGAAGUGGUACGUGCCGCUUUCGGACAAGGAGAAGAAGAAGAUCACCCGCGAGCUGGUGCAGACCGUGCUGGCGCGCAAGCCCAAGAUGUGCAGCUUCCUGGAGUGGAGGGAUCUCAAGAUAGUUUACAAAAGGUACGCCAGCCUGUACUUCUGCUGUGCCAUUGAAAACCAGGACAACGAGCUCAUCACACUGGAGAUCAUCCACCGAUACGUGGAGCUGCUGGAUAAGUACUUUGGCAGUGUUUGUGAGCUGGACAUCAUCUUCAACUUUGAGAAGGCAUACUUCAUUCUGGAUGAGUUCCUGCUGGGCGGGGAGGCCCAGGAGACCUCCAAGAAGAACGUGCUGAAGGCCAUCGAGCAGGCAGACCUUCUGCAGGAGAAUUUAGACUUACAGAUUCGGCUCUUUCCAGCUCCAACAUGACCAUUUUAAUCAGCCUGUGUGCUGUGUAAGCGCCACUGCUGCCUGCCCUGCAUGCAGAUCCCUGCCCCCCCCACCCCCCAGCACCUGGCUCAACGUCAUCCCCCUCAACAGCUGCAUCCUGGGACACAGUCAGCCCCCAUCCACAGCGAACUCACGCACUCACCUCUCACCGCUUUCUUUCCAGCCAGUUUUCUUUUUUGUGGGUGUGUGUGUGUUUGUGUGCGCGCAUGUGUUAUUUUGGAUGUCAGUGGGAUUCUUACAUGGUACUGACUGUCGUUUCAUAUUAUUUGGUUUAGUUAGUAACAUGUUUGUUACCAGCAUCUAAAGAGUACAAGUUUGUCAGAACUUCAGAUAUGCAUCUUACACAGGACCCUGGUGUUUCGUGCAUGCGUGCAUGUUGGGAGGAAUUAUCAUCAUCAUCUUCAAAGGCAUUGAAAUGAGCAUAUCCUGUAUAGCUUUUGAGGGUUUGUGUUCUUUGAUAGGGUGGCUCCAGUACAUAUUUUUGAGGAAAAAAAAUAGAGGUGCUUUGUAAUAUGCACGGCUAACCGAUUAUUAGAGCUUAGUUCUUAAAGUUGAAAGUUUUCACAGCAUGGUUAAAAUGUAUUUUUCUCUGAUAAGGUAGUGUAAGUCUCUUGUUUCAUAUAUUGGUUUGAUUUAUGUGGCUAAUUUGUGGUGUUUUACAGGGUCUCCAUGUAAAACAUUGAGUAUGCAUAUGGUACAACACCCUAAAAAUAUGUAAUUCAGAACAGGUGGUCAUGGAAUAGUUUUACAGAUCGGAAUAGUUUUACAGCAUGAAAAAUGGUAUGGGUGUUUUUCAUUUUGGCACAUAAAUUACAGUGUAGAGCCUUAAAUGUCACACACAUGGUCAUCUCAGGGUAAAUUAUUCUUUUUGUCUCAUUAUUGAACUGAUUCAACUGUCUCCCGUUCUAGGGGAAAAAAGCGUAUUUUGGCAAAAAGAGGUUUGCAUUGGAAUUGUUCCUACCUUGGAUAAAUAAAACCUUCAUGCGCAAGAAACUGUGGCCUCAAAUGCAUGCAAAUUAAACAUUAUAAUUUAAGAUUGGGUCAGAAGUAAUCAUCAAACAUUUUGGUCUUACCAAAGUAUUACUCCAGUUAGAAUGAGACCUUCAAACAAGAAAAGGAUGCCGUAAAUGAAUGAAAUGUCAAAUUGUGAAGCCUCCUCAUGUUGGAAGAAAAAUCAUGAUUGAAUAGUUGUUUCUGCAUGACGUUAUUCAUUGUGAAACUAGGAGCACAGUGCACACAUUGUAUUACAAAGGAACAGCACAAAUUUGGUGGUUACUGGGCAUAUUAAAGAUACAAUAUUGUAUUUUACUGCUUUUUGGUAAACAUUAAAAAUGAGCUAUAUACUGUAUAUGCGUAUAGUUAUUGCUAACACUUGUGAAAUAUUUUGCUCGAUAUGCUUGUGACAUCAGUUGAGCUAAUAGGAGGCCCAUUUUGUGUCUGGACCCGAAUCAUUGCUGCUUGCAGCUGUUCUGAAAUGCAGAAUUCUGUUUUCCUCGUUGUGUUAAUGAACUUGUGUGGUGACCGGUUUAGUUAAUAUGUAUUUGGUAGUUGUAUGGAAUAAUAAAUCACGUCUUUAAGACAUGCCUAGAUGAGUGAGUCAAUUGUUCUGAAAAAUAUUUGGAUGGACCGUCCCAUUUUGGUUGACUUUUGAAACCGUAAUAUAAAUUACUUUGUUACUCUCUGUUUUAUUUUGUUUACCAUUUGCAUUUAUGUAAAUUUGCAUACAUAUCUGCACGCACACUCACAAUGUCAGGUUACAGCCAGCUGUCUACUUCUGGUCCUGGAGGUUUGCAGUGUUCAGGAAUUAGAAAUGUAUUUCAAGCAGCAGCUGAGUGAAACCAGGAAAAGGGGGUGAUUUGGUUUUCCAGUCACUCAGGCCCCUGUACUGUAAUUAAGAUCUGGAAACCGUGGAUCUCCAGUGGACACCAUUUGCAUUUGACACAUUGAAUUGCGCCCCAUUGCACGUAAUGGAAGCCGACAGUUACUAGGCAGAAGCAGGUCUCACGGCUGGCUAAGACUGGAUGAAGGCUCAUGUGUGCCUCCACAUUGAAUUUCCCUGGAGGACAUCUGCCAUAAUUAAGAUGCAGUUAAUUCCGGUUUAACUUCUGGAAAAGGGAAGGCCGCUUUGUGUCAGAUUAUCUCGGUCUGUCAAUGGGAAAUGGCAAAUCUUCCUGAUAAUCCUUUGUCUUGACUGAGCAUCAACACAGCUGACCCUGAAACCUCCCUUUGUCUACAUUUCACAUUGCUGGGAUUAUUUUAUUAAAAGGCAGAAUAGAGUUCAUAUAUUAUUUUUUUAUAAUUGUAUAUGCACUACAUACACAUACUGUACAUCUCCAGGGAUACAUUGCCUUCAAGUUUAUGAAAAUGGUCAUAUCUGGAGGUGUCGUACAAGGCAACACGCUUGCAGAAGGCAAAUAAGAUAUUGUAAAACCUACAACAGAUCUUUGACUUUUUCCCCAGAACACAUUGCUCGAGCUGAAGGGGCUAGCCUACAUUUACAUUUUCCAUAGAAAGAUGCCAAAUGCAGAGUUUAGAUGUAGUAUUUGCCAUAAAAUUAGUAGUGGUGUGUGCAGAAUGAGAGCAUCAAUGCAGAACAUCAGGAUAAUGACAUUUUAUGAAUACUUUAAAUGAUGCCAGGCCACGAUUUAAUAAAAUGUGUUUAUUCUGCCAUUUUUAUUUUAGAAUGUUUGCCUAUUUACCUCAUUGGGGUUUAUGUGUUUUAUAUGCCUAAAACCUUUUCUUUUACAAUAACAUUCGAUUUUACUAUGGCAAAUCCUGGGACCUAAACCCAUUAUUUUGCUGGGCACAUGGAAUAUUUGGACAAGAAGAUCUGUUUAAAAAGACAAAUAAAACUGUAGGGUUUGUCUUUGCUGUAUUCACAGAAGCUGCAAAAGUUAAAGUUCUUGUCCCUAUACUGUAUUAUAU